GGCGGCUCCACCCUGCCUCGGGGCCUCAGUCAGCCCCCGGGGGAGGCCAUGAAUGCCACGGGGACCCCGGUGGCCCCCGAGUCCUGCCAACAGCUGGCGGCCGGCGGGCACAGCCGGCUCAUCGUGAUGCACUACAACCACUCGGGCCGGCUGGCCGGGCGCGGAGGGCCGGAGGACGGUGGCCUUGGGGCCCUGCGGGGGCUGUCGGUGGCCGCCAGCUGCCUGGUGGUGCUGGAGAACUUGCUGGUGCUGGCGGCCAUCACGAGCCACAUGCGGUCGCGACGCUGGGUCUACUAUUGCCUGGUGAACAUCACGCUGAGCGACCUGCUCACGGGCGCGGCCUACCUGGCCAACGUGCUGCUGUCGGGGGCCCGCACCUUCCGCCUGGCGCCCGCCCAGUGGUUCCUACGGGAGGGCCUGCUCUUCACCGCCCUGGCCGCCUCCACGUUCAGCCUGCUGUUCACCGCCGGGGAGCGCUUUGCCACCAUGGUGCGGCCGGUGGCCGAGAGUGGGGCCACCAAGACCGGCCGCGUCUACAGCUUCAUCGGCCUCUGCUGGCUGCUGGCCACGUUGCUGGGAAUGCUGCCUUUGCUGGGCUGGAACUGCCUGUGCGCCUUUGACCGCUGCUCCAGCCUUCUGCCCCUCUACUCCAAGCGCUACAUCCUCUUCUGCCUGGUGAUCUUCGCCAGCGUCCUGGCUACCAUCAUGGGCCUCUACGGGGCCAUCUUCCGCCUGGUGCAGGCCAGCGGGCAGAAGGCCCCACGCCCGGCUGCCCGCCGCAAGGCCCGCCGCCUGCUGAAGACGGUGCUGAUGAUCCUGCUGGCCUUCCUGGUGUGCUGGGGUCCGCUCUUUGGGCUGCUGCUGGCCGACGUCUUUGGCUCCAACCUCUGGGCCCAGGAGUACCUGCGGGGCAUGGACUGGAUCCUGGCCCUGGCCGUCCUCAACUCGGCGGUCAACCCCAUCAUCUAUUCCUUCCGUAGCAGGGAGGUGUGCAGAGCCGUGCUCGGCUUCCUCUGCUGCGGGUGUCUCCGGUUGGGCGUGCGAGGUCCCGGGGACUGCCUGGCCCGGGCCGUCGAGGCUCACUCUGGAACUUCCACCACCGACAGCUCUCUGAGGCCGAGGGACAGCUUUCGGGGUUCCCGAUCACUCAGCUUUCGGAUGCGGGAGCCCCUGUCCAGCAUCUCCAGCGUGCGGAGCAUCUGAGACUGCAGCCUUGCGUGCGGACGGUGCAGCCACCGGGUACGUGCCAGGCAGGCCCUCCGGGGGUGCAGGAAGCCGUGUACACGGAGCCUCGCUUGGAUGGGGAGUGGAGAACGGGACAGGCCCCCGUGGUCUUCCCGGUGGCCUCUUGGGCCUUCUGACGCCAAAUGGACUUCCCGUGGUCACCGUGGACAAGGAGGCAACCGCCCCACCUCCCUGUAGGAGCAGAGAGUGCCCUGGUGUGGGGGCGAGGGGGUUCCCCACACCCCCGCUUCUGUGUGAUUCUUGGGAAGUCCCGGCCCCUCUCUGGGCCUCAGUAGGGCUCCCAGGCUGCAAGGGGUGGACUGUGGGAUGCAUGCCCUGGCAACAUUGAAGUUCGAUCAUGGUA